GGUGGAUUGAGCUAUAGAUACUUGUUCAUCAUAUACAUACGUAGUGGAAAAAUGGCGUCGACGGUGUGUGUUUCUAGUUGCCGACUGUUAGCAAAAUUAGAAAUAAAUCGUGUUUUGUGUUUAUCACCAAUAUUUAGGGAUUUGUCAAAUAACCGGGAGUCAUGGUGCCGGCGAUGGCGGCCCGUCCGCCGGUCGUUCUUCACAAGCGUAUGUGUACAUGGAUCCAAAACUGCACCUACAAAAGUUGACCACGAAAAAUCUGACGAGGUGACGGUGACGUAUCGACGCGGGCUUCCGGUGAUCACUGUACCGUUGCCGUCCCGUCGUGAACGAUGCCGGUUCACCCUGCGUCCUGUCUCGCAGACUGUAGGCGAUUUGUUGGAGCAGGUAAAGCUAGAAGACCGCGGCGUAGAGCGCGCAGCGGCGCUUGCAGCUGACGAGCGCGUGCGCAUCGCAGCGAGCGACACGGUCGAGUCACUACUCGAGAACGACUUUCGGCUCAUCAUCAACGAUACAGAGUACUAUGUGAAAAGUCCACCGCAGGAGCGUCUAAGCACCGAAGAGAUCACUCGACUGAGUGACGUGAGGAACCUCGUCAACCAACUGUACGAAGCUCUCAAUGUCCGAGAGCACCAGAUUCGUAAAGAGAGAGAUCUACGUGCCCAACUGGAGAAGCUGACCACCGAAUUACAACCGCUUGAAGAGAAGCGCAUGUCGCUUGAAGUGGAAACGAGCCGGAAGACUUCAGCUCUGACGUGGGUGGGGCUCGGCCUGAUGGGAGUGCAGUUCGGCGUGCUCGCCAGGCUCACCUGGUGGGAGUACUCUUGGGACAUUAUGGAGCCUGUCACGUACUUCGUCACCUACGGUACCGCGAUGGCCGCCUAUGCUUACUUUGUGUUGACUAAGCAGGAGUACAUACUGCCAGAUGUGAAAGAUAGACAGCAUUUGCUGACGUUGCAUAAAAAAGCUAAGAAGAUCGGCCUGGAUAUUAAUCAUUACAAUCACCUAAAAGACGAGGUAGAUAAACUACAGAAGGAUCUUGCCCGCCUCCGGGAUCCGCUUCAGAUCCACCUACCGUUAACCAACGUCGACAAGGCGGGUGACAGCAAGCGCUCCCCACUUACCAAAAUCAAGGACAUGCUCGAGGAAACCAGUAAGAAAAUGAAGAUCACGUAAUAUUGGUCGUUGUCGCGUCGCGGCCUCGCAAACAAGGCCGAGUAGACGCAUUGGUUGUUAGUUAUAAAAACGCUUGUUAUUAACGACAGAUGUUGCAUACUUUUUUUUAAUCGCCACUCGAAAUUAUACCUUGUUUUCAUCGUCAUAAGUACUAUAAUCACGCCUAGUGAUUAGAUAGAUUUUGGUUUCGUAUUCUGAAGAAUUGAUAUUUUAAAUAAAGGCUUUAGUUGGCUAAAGAGAGCAGGUUUCUGUUCUCUCACUCUUACUAAUAGGCUUGUCCUAUUCUUUUCUAAAGAUUGCAUAUUAAUUGUGAGUUUGUAACCGAUUUUGAAUAGUAUAUAUAAGUAUGAGUGUAAUAAAAUAUCAUUCUUCAGAUGCUAGAGUAGUUAGGCCCAGUUGUUCAUAGGGUAAUACUACAAAAAAAAAACUAGACUGAUGGUCGAAGUUUGUUAAUAACUUAGUAUUGAACGUGUUUCGUAAGUUUUUACUACCAACUCUACGUUCUUCCUUGAUGUACGUGGCGCUUUGAAAACUUUAACCAUCGUUAGAAAUUAGUCACGUUAUUUAGUAUAAUAAUAAAUUAUUACUAAAAAUGUGAGAGAGAAUAAAUUAUAAUAUUGCUUCUUAUAAUUUUACUAUUGAAUCAAUAUAUAUUAGUAUAGUAGUUCUAAAAUAUAAAAUAUGCGGUAUCAACUUAAUUUCAUACAAUACCGGGGCUAUACUAUAUACUAUAAUAUAGUACAAGUAAAAUUGUGCCUAUCUUUCUGCCGAGAUAGCAAUUAGUCCAUACAGAAAAUUAAUUCCUAUUUCUUCUAUUCCUAUUUAAUAGAAAAGAAAACCAUCGGAGUCUAGAUAAGUAUACGGAGAAGUGACAAAGUAAAUUAUGAUAAGUACUUAUUUUGAAUUCGUAACCCCAAAUUUGAUACUUGCCUAAUUUACGGGGAAAGAAAGAACAUGCGUGUUCUUUUUUUGAAGGAUGGAGGUGUCAUACCCACCUGUGCUAACACAGUAGGGAGGGGGGAGGGGGGAUGAUGGAUGACGAAACAAUGAAGUCAAAUCAAUUAGACUUUCAUAGUGCACUCCAAAGGAGUUAACCUGACAGACUUACUACAUACUUCCUAGAGCGAUUCCUAAAGUGGGUUCCGCGGUACUUAGGGGUUCCAUACCGAAAGUCACUAGGGUUCCGCGAAAUUAUUUAUACAGUGAAACAAUAAUAAAAGCUUUCGUUCUUGUUUAAAUUAUCGUUUUUUUUUUUAUUAGUUUAUUAUUUUGAUUAUUUUGGUAGUAAUCAUUUGAUAUGGGGUUUUAUAAAAUAAGAGAGGUAUUCGGUGGGCGUUCCUUUAUCUUAAAAGUUUAGGAGCCCCUGUCCUAGAGCACGUGUUGCCAUACUAUCAUAGAUCUCAACCCUUCCAUCUCCCGCGUUUAGAAAUCCCAUAAAAGCACCGCGCUCAAAAUUGUCAAAUUCAUCUUUAUUCAAAUAGACUUAUUUAAAAGCACUUUUCACUUUGUCAUUUUUAAUGAAUUUACAACAGGGUUCGUAAUGUUGUUAUCUGUUAAAAUAACCGACAAGAAACUCAAUAGUUACUCUUCUAUGUAAUCAGGUUAUUUCUAAAUUCAUCUUUUUGGAAGGGUCAUUGACAUUUGUACAAAAAUAUUAAUCAUUGUAAAAAAUAUUAACUUAUCAAUAAGUUCCAUUAUAUUAUAACAGAUUCUUUCAUUAAUCAAUUCUUUUGCCACUUCUCCUUCUACUUGUAUCUUGCAAUUUUCAUACAGCCCCAUUAACACUUUGAAGUCUUUUAUAUAUAUGUUACCAUCAUGUCAGCCGUUAACUUUCCACUGCAGGACAUAGGUUUUUCCCUACUGGAGACCUCAAUUAGUAGUUACCACUCUUGGCAGAUGAAUUGGCAAUCACAGUUAAGCUUUGGUGAUGUUUUAAGAGGGACGCUGCUGACAAUCCCUCGACAAUUAAGUUCCCUUAGUCACCUGUUACAACAUCCACGGGAAAAGAAGGGAUGGCCCAUUCUAUGCCGGGACCACGCGGCGCAUACACUAUAUUUUAUUACAAUGAAAAUCUCUCAAUGGUAAAUGUUUUCUUAUGACCAGCGUACGUAUAGAAUUUUUCCCCUUGUUUGAGAUCUGAUCUCACUGUAGUGAAAACUUCAUGAAAUUAUGUUCAAGGCUUACGUAGUGAUUGUAGCUAAAGUACUAGUAAUAUAUACAAUGAAAAAAGAUUUCCUUUACAUUAAUUUAUUUAGAAAAUUUUAAUAUUUAGUUACAAACAACUAGGUUUUUUUUUAAAUUGUGCUCAGUAAUGUUGUUUCCUAUUUUUAUUAAUUUUAAAUCUAACAUGUAAAAGUGUGUGUGUGUUUUUUUUU